CUGAGAUCUGUAGAGCUAGCUAGAGACCAGGUACGUAGUACCAUGUACCAGUGAGUGUGUACAUCAUGCAUGUACCAGUGAGUGAUCGUGACUCGACUGAGGAUGCAGUAUAAUUAUAAGUCACUCUGAAAGUUAGAUCUAAAUCCAGAGAUGUCAUUAUUAAUGGAAGCUUGCAAGACGGGUGAUGUGGGUGUGGUUCAGUUGGCAUUAGAAGGAGGGGCGGAUCCAAACCAGGCAGAUGAGGACAACCAGACUGCUCUCCACGUAGCCAGUAGCAAUGGACAUGAUGAGGUGGUGAGAGUCCUCUUAGCAGCCAAGGCUACAGUCAACACUCAGAGCAAGUCGGGUCAGUUCCCUCUCUGGGCAGCCAGUUACGAUGGUCACCUGAAGUGUGUGGAACUUCUAAUCGAUGCUGGAGCCAAUGUUGAUAUGCAAGAAGAGAACAACUUUACUGCUCUCCACGCAGCCAGUAGCAAUGGACAUGAUGAGGUGGUGAGGGUCCUCUUAGCAGCCAAGGCUACAGUCAACACUCAGAACAAGUCGGGUCAGUUCCCUCUCUUGUCAGCCAGUUUCAAUGGUCACCUGAAGUGUGUGGAACUUCUAAUCAAUGCUGGAGCCAAUGUUGAUAUGCAAGCAGAGGACAACCGGACUGCUCUCCACGUAGCCAGUAGCAAUGGACAUGAUGAGGUGGUGAGAGUCCUCUUAGCAGCCAAGGCUACAGUCAACACUCAGAGCAAGUCGGGUCAGUCCCCUCUCUGGGUAGCCAGUUGCAAUGGUCACCAAAAGUGUGUGGAACUUCUAAUCAAUGCUGGAGCCAAUGUUGAUAUGCAAGAAGAGGACAACUGGACUGCUCUCCACAUAGCCUGUCAAAAUGGACAUGAUGAGGUGGUGAGAGUCCUCUUAGCAGCCAAGGCUACAGUCAACACUCAGAGCAAGUCGGGUCAGUUCCCUCUCUUGUCAGCCAGUUUCAAUGGUCACCUGAAGUGUGUGGAACUUCUAAUCAAUGCUGGAGCCAAUGUUGAUAUGCAAGCAGAGGACAACCGGACUGCUCUCCACGUAGCCUGUCAGAAUGGACAUGAUGAGGUGGUGAGAGUCCUCCUAGCAGCCAAGGCUACAGUCAACACUCAGAGCAAGUCGGGCCAGUCCCCUCUCUGGUCAGCCAGUUACAAUGGUCACCUGAAGUGUGUGGAACUUCUAAUCAAUGCUGGAGCCAAUGUUGAUAUGCAAGAAGAGAACAACGUGACAGCUCUCCACGCAGCCAGUAACAAUGGACAUGAUGAGGUGGUGAGGGUCCUCUUAGCAGCCAAGGCUACAGUCAACACUCAGAGCAAGUUGGGACAGUCCCCUCUCUGGGUAGCCAGUCGCAAUGGUCACCUGAAGUGUGUGGAACUUCUAAUCAAUGCUGGAGCCAAUGUUGAUAUGCAAGCAGAGGACAACUGGACUGCUCUCCACACAGCCAGUAGCAAUGGACAUGAUGAGGUGGUGAGGGUCCUCUUAGCAGCCAAGGCUACAGUCAACACUCAGAGCAAGUCGGGCCAGUCCCCUCUCUGGGCAGCCAGUGUGAAUGGUCACCUGAAGUGUGUGGAACUUCUAAUCAAUGCUGGAGCCAAUGUUGAUAUGCAAGAAGAGAACAACGUGACAGCUCUCCACGUAGCCUGUCAGAAUGGACAUGAUGAGGUGGUGAGGGUCCUCUUAGCAGCCAAGGCUACAGUCAACACUCAAGACAAGUCGGGCCAGUCCCCUCUCUGGGCAGCCAGUGUGAAUGGUCACCUGAAGUGUGUGGAACUUCUAAUCAAUGCUGGAGCCAAUGUUGAUAUGCAAGAAGAGAACAACGUGACAGCUCUCCACGUAGCCUGUCAGAAUGGACAUGAUGAGGUGGUGAGGGUCCUCUUAGCAGCCAAGGCUACAGUCAACACUCAAGACAAGUCGGGCCAGUCCCCUCUGUGGGUAGCCAGUGGCGAUGGUCACCUGAAGUGUGUGGAACUUCUAAUCAAUGCUGGAGCCAAUGUUGAUAUGCAAGAUGAGGACAACUGGACUGCUCUCCACGUAGCCUGUCAGAAUGGACAUGAUGAGGUGGUGAGAGUCCUCCUAGCAGCCAAGGCUACAGUCAACACUCAGAACAAGUCGGGUGAGUCCCCUCUCUGGUCAGCCAGUUACAAUGGUCACCUGAAGUGUGUGGAACUUCUAAUCGAUGCUGGAGCCAAUGUUGAUAUGCAAGAAGAGGACAACGUGACAGCUCUCCACGUAGCCUGUCAGAAUGGACAUGAUGAGGUGGUGAGGGUCCUCUUAGCAGCCAAGGCUACAGUCAACACUCAACACAAGUCUGGUCAGUCCCCUCUCUGGACAGCCAGUUGCAAUGGUCACCUGAAGUGUGUGAAACUUCUAAUCGAUGCUGGAGCCAAUGUUGAUAUGCAAGCAGAGGAUGGAUCCACUGCGCUGUUCAUAGCUUCUCAGAAUGGUCACUUGAGGGCAGUUGAAGUGUUGAUUGCAGCUAUGGCUCAGGUGGACAUGCAACAGAAGGAUGGGGCCACAGCAUUGCACAUAGCCAGUGAUAAUGGUCAUUGUGAAAUGGUGGAGUGCUUAGUGGAGAGAGCCCACUGUGACACCAUUGUAAAGAGGAAUAAUGGCAUGACUCCCCUCCACACUGCUUGCUACGUUGGACACAAAGAUGUGGUACAGUACAUGGUGGAGAGAGCCCACUGUGACACCAGUGUAACUGAUGCUGGAGGCAGGACUCCACUUGACUGUGCAAUACAGGAGGGUCAUACUGAAACCAUCGAAUAUCUUCAGUCUCUUGGGGCACCAUCUGCUGCUCCCAGUCAGAGCACCGACCCUCCAGUCGGCCAGCAGCCUCAAGGGUUGUUGAACAAGCUACAAUCACCCGCUAUUCAACGGUCAGAGCGCAUAUCUCGAACAAACGUGAUUAAUGCUCUACAGAAAUAUAUAGGCAAAAAAGCUAAACAAUUGUUUUCUCGGAGAAGCAAAGAAAAAAAGGAGUAUCUCAAAUACAAGAGUGAUCAUAUCCUGGCCGAGCGCGAAGGACUGCCUCUAGGGAGUUAUCAAGAUGUUAUAUUGUCUCCUCAUCUACCAACUGGAAGCAUAAGUCAACCGCAAGAAUCCAAACACAGUUUCGGUGACAUUGGAGAAGCUGUUGUGGAAGUCACUAACAAAUCUAACGAGUUCAGCAAUUUUGGAAUUAAAAUUACUGUCCUGGAAAAUUCGCUACCUAAAGGUAUCAAUAUGUGUGUCCUACACGUAUCCUUCGAGUUAUCCACUGACUUUGAGAUUCCCGCUAACUCUGAACUAGUCAGUUCAAUUUAUCAUGUGAAAUGUGAGCCCAAAGUGCAGUUCAAGAAACCUGUUGUCCUGGAAAUACAAUACUGUGCAAGUUUAAGCUCUGACCAUCAACAAAGGCUUGUUUUUGCUCGAGCAACAGAUCAGAGCAAACAGUUUGAGAUCCUUGAGGGUGGUCACUUUCCUAUUGGUGAACGCUAUGGAUCCAUCCAGCUUACUCGUUUCAGUCGCCUCGGUGUUUUUAUUCGUAAAGUAUUUGGCUUUCCAAUCGAGAAAAUAUACAGUGCAUUGCUCUUCAGAAAAAACUUGCGCUGCUGUGAUGUAAUUGACACAAAAUGUGUGAUAUGUCAGGAUCUAGAUACUCAUGUAAAGGUAAUUAGAGAGGCGUUAGAAAGAGAUGGAUUCACAAAAGAAAUGGAUCUAGAUCAAAUUCAAUUUGAAAAUGCAGUAGAGAUGGAACUGCAUUCAGAGAAUACAGAGCUUUGGACUGUUACUAGAGUAACAUCCACUCUGUCCAGAGAUUGUAUUGAUGGAUACUCAAGAGUGUUGGAUUCUAAUAGUCGACGCGGAGUUGUUCCAGCCAUCUAUUAUAGAUUUACGCUGAAGGAAAAAAAUAUUUCUGAAUCAGUAAACUUUCUGCUGACGAAAACCGAUUUAGAUGAAGAGAGCCAUCGUCUAAUCUUACAUAUUGACUUACCUCAGACUCUGGGGACGAGUGACUCAGCCACACAGAGAGAUUCCGGAGAAUGUUCAGGAGGAGCUAGUCAGAAGAGACGUCUAUCCGCUGGGGAAACAUCCAGUACCAAAUGCGUACGCUCAUCUACACAGGGCACAGCCUGUGAUAUGGGAGGAGCUGGUUUACAAGAGUUGGUAGACGAGUACCAUGUCGAUACUGUCAAGCUUGAUCGAGAGAUCCCUGAUGAUGAUUUCCCAGUCAUAGCUGCCUAUUUUGACGGUGUAGACCUCUACUCUCAAGCAAUGAAUCUGAGUGCCGCUGAUCAAGCAACUGUGAGAAAUACCCUCGUUCAAUACAAUGUUCAGGAAGCCAUGGCAAAAUGCUUGUCAAUAUGGAAAAGCCACUACUCAUACAAGGUAACAUUCAGAGCACUGUUGGAGCUGCUACUGCAGAGACUGAAUAAAGUGGAAGUAGCUGUUCGAGUCUGUCGGUACUUGGCUCAGAAUCACACAGAUUUAGAAAAUUCUUCCGGUGAUGAUACCAACUACUACUCUGCUGCUGAAGAUCUUAGUAAUGAACCAGAUGUAUAAGAUACAUGUAGUUCACCUACCGCUAUACUAUAAUUAGUCACGAUGUUUUUUAACUUUACAGCAUAAUUAUACAUAAUAAUAUUAUGGAAACACCGCAGUUGCUAUACCUACUGGUAUUUAAUUACAUGUACACAUUUUUGCAUUUGCUUUGAAACAUUAUUACAUUAUAAAUUAUACGAGUAUAUACUAUUUUUGUCGAGUGUGCUGUUACGUAUGUACAUGUAUACAUUUUGGA